AUGCUGUUAGAUUUGAUUUACCGUGAACCCCCUUGUGGUGAGCCUGAUUCACGACCUUGGUUCGUUUCACGAGUGCACUACAUGUACUUCGCCUUGAUCUCCUUCUCAACCAGUGGCAUUAUCAUGAUUGUCAUAUCCAUCAUCUGCUCCUUCCAGCAUAAAAGGUUGUCGUUUUUUCGGAAGCGAUCUGGUGAAGAAGAGCCUCGCCAUGCUUGUGAGCAUGAGGAACAGGAGGCGCUGACCAGACUGACAUAUUGGGGCGUCUGGCGACGUCAUCGGCAUUCUGAGCAUUCAAGCAUUCAGCUGGUUGGAGUUACGGCUAUCGACGGCAAGUCAGAUGAGGCGAAGAUGGACGACCUGACGGAUACGAGCUGUACCAGAAUGAAGUUAGCUGAGCUGCAAGCACGAAGCUCCUCCUUGCAGGCAUGCGAAAAUAUCGCUGCACAAGAUUGUAAACAGGAGAAAGAACUGAUGACGACGGUGGAAGCAAAUCACAUAGGCGAUAAAGUGGUCGUUGCUAGGGGUGCUACAGAUUCGGGUGCAAAACCUUCCGCCAACCAUCGUCACAUCACUUUCGAGACUUGCCCAAGUGUUCCCGAGGCGUUUAGCGCGGCUAAUGCAAGUGGGGGAGAUACAAAGAAUUUCCUAUUCAAUGGAAAGUUUCAGCCUGAGUUAAGUCAAGAGGAAAGCGACUCGUGGACGCCAGUUGGUGCAAUGGCGGAGACCUGGCGUCGGAUAGUCAACGGCGCCUUAAAAACCGGUGGCGUUUCUUUCAGCAAUCCGCUUGAAGGUAAAUAA